AGCAGUGGGGCUACACCCAGCCAGGGAGUCUCCAGAGGUGAGGCUGUUGUUUAAAACUGUGGAGCCAAGAGAGGGGACCCCCACAUUCCCAGGGAGCUCUCCGAGAGGGAUCUGGAGAAAGGCAGGGGAGCAUAGGAGCUCAGGGUGAGGUGAGCUCUCUGAGGACCUGCACUGGCUCAGGAUGACAGCACUUUUCCUCCUGUGGUUUGUCUUGCCUGGCCUCCUGUGUGCCCAGCAAGCCUGCUCCCGAGGUGCCUGUUAUCCACCUGUUGGGGACUUGCUCAUUGGAAGGACUCAGCUUCUUCGAGCCUCAUCUACCUGUGGAUUGACCAAACCUGAGACUUAUUGCACCCAAUAUGGACAGUGGCAGAUGAAAUGCUGCAAGUGUGACUCCAGGCUGCCUCGCAAUUACAACAGUCACCGAGUGGAGAAUGUUGCAUCGUCUUCAGGCCCCAUGCGCUGGUGGCAGUCACAGAACGAUGUGAGCCCUGUCUCUCUGCAGCUGGACCUAGACAAGAGGAUGCAGCUUCAGGACAUCAUGAUGGAUUUUAAGGGUCUCACGCCAGCUGGCAUGUUGAUUGAGCGCUCUUCUGACUUUGGCAAGACAUGGAGAGUGUACCAGUACCUGGCGACAGACUGUGCCAGCACCUUUCCCCAGGUCCACCAGGGCCAGCCCAAGAACUGGCAGGACGUCCGGUGCCGGCCCUUGUCCCAGAGGCCUAAUGGGCAUUUGACUGGGGGAAAGGUCCAACUUAACCUUAUGGAUUUGGCAUCAGCUAUCCCUGCAUCUCAAAGUAAAAAGAUUCAAGAACUCGGGGACAUCACAAACUUGAGAGUCAACUUCACCAAGCUGGCCCCUGUGCCCCGGCGGGGCGCCUAUCCACCCAGCGCCUACUUUGCAGUGUCACAGCUACGCCUACAGGGGAGUUGCUUCUGUCACGGACAUGCUGACCACUGUGCCCCUAGUCCUGGAGGCCCUACAGGUUCCACCACUGCUGUGCAGGUCAACGAUGUCUGUGUCUGCCAGCACAACACGGCUGGCCCCAAUUGUGACCGCUGUGCCCCCUUCUACAACAACCGGCCAUGGAGGCCUGCAGAGGACCAGGACACCCACGAGUGCCAAAGGUGUGACUGCAACGGGCACUCAGAGACCUGCCACUUCGACCCAGCUGUGUUUGCUGCCAGCCAGGGGACAAAUGGAGGUGUGUGUGACAACUGCCGGGACCACACCGAGGGCAAGAACUGUGAGCGCUGUCAGCUACACUACUUCCGGAAUAGACGACCCAGCGCUCCCAUUCAUGAGACUUGUAUUCCCUGCGAGUGUGAUCCAGACGGGGCAGUCCAGGGAGCUCCCUGUGACCGACUGACUGGCCAGUGUGUGUGCAAAGAGUAUGUGCAAGGAGAGCGCUGUGACCUUUGCAAGCCUGGCUUCACGGGGCUCACCUUCGCCAACCCAAAGGGCUGCCAUCCCUGUGACUGUAGCAUCUUAGGUGCCCGGAAAGAUAUGCCUUGUGAGGAGGAAACUGGACGCUGCUUGUGUCUGCCCAAUGUAGUGGGCCCCAAAUGUGACCAGUGCGCCCCUUCCCACUGGAAGCUAGCCAGCGGCCUGGGCUGCGAGCCCUGUGCCUGUGACCCACGCAACUCCCUAAGCUCCCAGUGCAACCAGUUUACAGGGCAGUGUCCUUGUCGGGAAGGGUUUGGUGGACUCACGUGUAGUUCUGCAGCCAUCCGUCAGUGUCCUGACCAGACCUAUGGACACGUGGCCACAGGGUGCCGAGCCUGUGACUGUGACUUCAGAGGAACAGAGGGUCCUGGCUGUGACAAAGCCUCAGGCCGUUGCCUCUGCCGCCCCGGCUUUACGGGGCCCCGCUGCGACCAAUGCCAACGAGGUCACUGCGACCGCUACCCAGUGUGUGUGGCCUGCCACUCCUGCUUCCAGGCCUAUGACGCGGACCUCCAGGAGCAAGCUCGGCGCCUUCGUAGUCUCCGUAAUGCCACUGAAGGCCUGCGGACAGGGACAGGUCCGGAGGACCACGGCCUGGCCUCUCGGUUGCUAGACGCCAAGAGCAAGAUCGAGCAGGUCAGACAGAUUCUGGGUGGCACCUCUGUCACGGAGCAGGAUGUGGCUCAGGUGGCCACUGCCAUCUUGUCUAUCAGGAGAACUCUUCAGGGCCUGCCGCUGGACCUGCCCGCAGAGGAGGAGAUGGAAUCCUUCUCUGGAGACCUGGGGAAUCUGGACAGAAGCUUCAGUCGGCUCCUCCUCAUGUACCGAAGCAAGAAGGAGCAAUUUGAGAAGCUAAGCAGUGAAGACCCUUCAGGAGCCUUCCGCAUGCUGACCAUGGCUUAUGAGCAGUCCUCCCGGGCUGCACAGCAAGUGUCUGACAGUUCCAGCCUGCUGAGCCAGCUGAGGAACAGUCGCAGGGAGGCAGAGGGCCUGGAGAGACAGGCUGGAGGAGGCGGCGGCACCGGAGGAGCUCAGCUCAUGGCCCUGCGCCUAGAAAUGGCUUCGCUGCCUGACUUGACACCCACCAUCAACAAGCUUUGUGGCAGGUCUAGGCAGACAGCCUGUACCCCUGGCGACUGCCCUGGAGAGCUGUGUCCCCAAGACAAUGGUACAGCCUGUGGCUCUCACUGCAGGGGAGCCCUGCCCAGAGCCAAAGGGGCCUUCCACAUGGCAGGGCAGGUAGCUGAGCAGCUACGAAGCUUCAACACCCAGCUCCAGCAGACCAAGCAAAUGAUCAGGGCAGCUGAGGAAGCGGCAUCAAGGGUCCAAUCUGAUGCCCAGCGCCUUGAGACCCAGGUGAGUACCAGCCGCUUGCAGAUGGAGGAAGAUGUCCAGCGCACACGACUUCUCAUCCAACAGAUCCGGGGCUUCCUCACAGAUCCCGACACAGAUGCAGCCACCAUCCAACAGGUCAGUGAGGCAGUGCUGGCUCUCUGGCUGCCCACAGACUCAGCCACAGUGCUGCGCAAGAUGAAAGAGAUCCAGGCCAUUGCUGCCAGGCUCCCUAAUGUGGACCUAGUGUUAUCCCAGACCAAGCAAGACAUCGCACGGGCCCGCAGGCUCCAGGCUGAGGCUGAGAAGGCCAGAAGCCGAGCCCACGCUGUGGAAGGGCAGGUAGAUGAUGUAGUCGGGAACCUUCGGCAGGGCACCGUGGCUCUGCAGGAAGCUCAGGACACAAUGCAGGGUACUGGCCGCUCUCUUCGGCUCAUCCAGGAAAGGGUUGGUGAGGUUCAGCAGGUCCUUGUACCAGCUGAAAGGCUGGUGAAAGACAUGAAGGAACAGAUGAGUGGAUUCUGGGCACGGAUGAAGGAGCUUCGCCACCAGGCCCAGGAGGAGCAGGCACAGGCAAAGCAGGCCCGGCAGCUUGCAGAGGGCGCCAGCCAGCAGGCAAUGAAUGCCCAGGAGGGCUUUGAGAGACUUAAGCAAAAGUAUACAGAAUUGAAGGACCGGCUGGGUCAGAGUCCUAUGCUGGGUGAGCAAGGCAAUCGGAUCCUGAGCAUCAAGACGGAGGCAGAGGAGCUCUUUGGGGAGACCAUGGAAAUGAUGGACAAAAUGAAAGACAUGGAGUCAGAGCUGCUUCGAGGGAGUCAGGCCAUCAUGCUGCGCUCGGCAGACCUGUCGGGGCUGGAGAAGCGCGUGGAGCAGAUCCGCAGUUACAUCAAUGGGCGUGUGCUCUACUAUGCCACCUGCAAGUGACCUUAAGUCCCAACCUCAGACCCCCCCCCCCCGCCUUGGAAGGGCACACUGGGGAGGGGAGUGUCUCCGCCACUGAUAGCAUAGUCUGGUCACCCUGGACGUGCUUCCAGGUCCCGUCUGCCACUGAGCCUGUGCUUGCACGACCACAUUGAGGAGAGAGAUGGUGCAGGGGGUAGGGCUGUCACAAAUGAAGAUCCUCCAGCUGGAAUGGACAGUGUGCCUCCAACACCAACUCCUGCCCUCCACAGUGGUACAGUCUGGGACCAACUCAAAAACAGAACAAAGAGUGAUGUAUGAACACAAAGCCCAAUAAAAAUAUUUGGAUGGGAGCCUGAAAGCUCAAGAAGAAAAUGA